AUGGACUGCCAAUAUUACGAUGGUCAAACUGGGCAACUGAAUGCCACUACCUGCACCGCAGAUGCAAAAUUCCUCGCGGUUUGCAUGAGAAAAAAGUGCACAAAUAAAUGGAACGUAUACAGAGAUAAGGAUAACUUGAAUGCAAAAUAUUUCAAAUUCCUGACGAAAGAAAGUUGUGAGUUGUGUUGCGACAUUGUAGGAGCGGGCUGCUCUGGAUAUGGCUAUGACGAACAGAGUAAAGCCUGCCGUAUCAACUACAGUGCAUCUUUAUCAGACUUGAGAGAUCCAAACAAUGCAUUGAUCGUUGGAGUGAUACUGGGGGCUCCCAUAAUCAUUCUGACCGUCGUCAUCCUUGUCUUUUCUUACAAAUAUAACAAGCUUAAAAAGCAUCAAGUACCUAUUAAAGUGACCAGUUUGCGGGAAGAAAAUGAUUACAACAGCAACCAUAGCAUCAAUAACAACAACAACGACGACAACAGCAACAACAAUGACAAUAAUGUUAACAAAUUUAAUAAUAAGAAGAAGAAGAGUAAAAUAUAUGAUGAUGAACAUGCGUCAGUUGGGGUUGGCCUAUUUGUAUUCAUGCUUGUCUUACUCUAUAUCGCAUGCCUUUUGACUUACUGGAAUAAAAGGUAUAAUUAA